UAAGCUAUGAAAAAAUGAGAUGGUUUGAAUUAGAAACUGAAUUGGAUAAAGCUCUUGUUCGAUCAGUCGGCGAUAUUUUCCUAUCAUCUGCAUUUAUAACAUAUCUAUCAUAUUUUUCAUCCGAGUUUAGAAAACAAAUAAUUAAAGAAUGGUGCAAUCAAUGCAAAGAGAUGCAACUUCCGUUAUCACCAGAAUACACAUUUUCGACGAAUUUCAUCGACUCGGACGAUAUCCGGUUUUGGAACAUGGCCAAAUUAUCCACAGAUGCUGCUUCGGUUGAUAAUUAUACCAUCAUCUCUAAAACCAUCUACCUUCCUGUUAUCAUUGACCCUCAAGGACAAGGUAGAAAUUACAUCCAAUAUGUGGAAAGUAAAAACGAUCUGCAAAUCGUCAAAAUUACUGAUCAAGAUUACGUUGACAAUUUGAAAAAAGCAAUAACGAAUGGUCAGCCUGUGCUGUUGCAAGAUAUUCCUGAAAAAUUAGACGAUGUUAUAGUUUCAUUGAUUCAUUUCAAUACAUUCAAGGAAGAAGAUGUUACAUAUCUGAGGUUAAACAAAGAGAAUGUUCCACUGAACUCAGAUUUCAAAGUAUACGUCACAUGUUCUAAACCUAAACCAAUUUUCACUCCUGAUAUAAACAACACAGUAACCAUAAUAAAUUUCGAAAUGACAUCGGAGGGUUUAGAAAACUGUCUCUUAAGAGUGGUUAUAUCGGUGGACGCUCCCGAUUUGGAAGAACAAAACAACAAUUUACUACUCCAAUGCGCCGAAGACAGUAGAACGCUUUACCAAACCGAAGACAAAAUAUUGAACGUAUUAUCCUCGUCAAUAGGCAACAUCUUAGAAGAUGAGACAGCACUACAGACAUUAAACGAUUCCAAGAACUUACUGGAACAAAUACGAGAAAAACAAAAACAUUCUUUGGCCGCCGAAGAGAACUUAAAAGAGGCGUACAAGUUGUAUAAAAUCAUUUGCAAACAAGUAACCAGCAUGUACUUCGGUAUACAAAACCUUCAACAGAUGAAUGCUUUGUAUUGCUUCUCCGUCCACUGGUUCAUUUGUUUAUUCCAACAAGCGGUGAAAAAGAGCCCUAAAUCGCAAGUCAUGGAACAACGUAUAAAUUUUGUUAAUAAACGUUUCACUUGUGAUUUAUAUCGUGAAAUAGACAUGUGCCUGGAGAAAAAAGAUAUGCUACCGGCAGUAUUCGUUUUAGCGUUACAGAUGAAACCAGUACAAGAAUCUAUCAAGAAAACAAUGAUUGAGAAUUUAUCUCCCAGUUUGUGCGUAAGUCAACUUCCUAUUAUAGGUAAACGUGCCAAUGAGAGGAUCACUUGGAGCAUUCCUUCUACUUUUAAUAACAUCGACGAUAAAAUUCUGAUACUGGAACAUUUAGAAUGCGAUUAUGAUCUAGCUUAUAGUGAAAUCAAAACAUUAUUAAAUCAUCUGACAAGUUGCAGUGUAUUGGACCACAACCUAUUGGAUUCUUUAGGCACAGAACACUUCAUUUCUAACAUCAAAAAAUUAAUUAGAAACGUAUUCAUACACGAUGAGGAACCUUCGCAACUAAAUUUGUAUGAAAUCUAUCACAACACCAGCGUUAAACUGCCUAUUAUUUGUGGAUUAACGGACAUAGAUGUCGAUCCAUUGAUAGAUAUACAACAUUUAGCGACAGAAAUGGGUCUAGAAGAAGAUAUCAUGAAUUGUGUGCCAUUUAUCGAAACACAGAUACCCUCAUUAUUGAAUUCAGUGAACGAAGCACUAACCAAAGGCACCUGGAUAGUAAUUCAGAACUGUCACUUGCUCAGAAAAUCCUCCAAUUAUCUGGAAUUCUUAAACAAUCACAUAUCCAACAGCAAAUCAAUCAACCCUCAAUUCAGAUUAUGGAUCGUAACAUUUCCUUUCAACGAAUUCCCACCUGAUGUUUCAUCAAAAGGAAUCAAAAUAAUGAUGAAAGAAGCGUUCGAUUUAGGCAGUAAUAUCCAUCACCUUUACACAUAUACGUCAUUAAUGUCACCUCACUUACUCGAGAGUAAAAAGACGGUGAAGAAUUGGCAAUUCAUCUUGUUCUUCGUGUACUUUUGUCAUUCCAUGUUGAAGCUUCUGUGGAAAACUGGCUUGUUCCGUGGAAAUCAAUAUUGUUCUAUAACAAAAAGCAAUUUACAUACGAUGACUUCACUUGUAGAGAUUCUCUUUACAUCCAACGAACAAGAAUUCAUCGCCGGAUUCAGGUACUUGAGCAACGAGUGCAACUAUUGCGCUCAUUUACCGGACACCGAAGAACGAUUAAUAUUAUCAAAAGUGAUUGAAAGCUUAAAAAUUGAGAAUUUUUCUAGACCGACGUCUGUAAGCGUGUGCAGCAAAUCAUUUCCAGCGCCGGAGGACGUAUCGUUUAAUGGUUGUUUGAGAUACGCUCAGUCGAUGAAGAAGACAAAUCUACGCGAGUAUUUUCAAUUAUAUUACUGCUCCGGUCUGAAACGAGGAUGGACUUUUGUUAAUUUAUGGAAGAUGGUCAGGAAAUUAUACUUUAACCUAGAUAAUUCGUCGAUCAUCGAUGAAAGCACCGUGCUGAAUUUGAUUAAUGAUAUUUUAACGGUACUGGAGCAAUUUUACACAGGUUUCGAUAAGGCUAAACUUUCUUCCGGUAAAGAUAUCUUGAAUAUAUUUCUCAAACAGGAAAUAAAGCUGUAUUUACGUCUACUCGAUUAUAUUUUCCAAUCGUUGAAUCGACUGAAAGAUGUGAUUUUUGGAAAACUCCCAAUAACCGAAGAGUAUCGAAAGAUGUUUGUAAUUUUACAAAACAACCAAUUACCUCAAACAUGGGCUCAAGCGUCGUAUCCUACGUCUUUAUCGUUGCUGCAGUACAUCGUCAAUUUGAACCGAAGAUUGAUAUUUAUAAACAAAUGGAUCCAUUAUGGAAUCCCUGACGUCGUCUGGCUUCCAGGACUUUUCAACGUUCGUGCAUUCUUCACCAGUAUUUUAUACAAUUAUUCUUCGUACCGAGAUAUCUGCAUUGAAGAUACGGAGUUAUAUUGUCAAGUUACAAAAUUUUACGAUACCACGUUAUCAGAAGACGAAUGGCGAAACUAUCAACAGGAACAAAAGAAAGGAAGUAAAUUCGGAAUUUUCGUUCAGGGAUUACUUCUGCUGGGCAGCAUUUGGAAUGCGAAUGAAAUGAAAUUAGACUACAUUGAUGAAGAAAAAUACUUCCAAGUUCUUCCAAUAAUCUGGAUCGAGCCAAAAUCCAAGCCAAAAAAAGAAUCUGAAAACUUGUACAAAUGCCCAAUGUAUUGGACCAAUGCAACGGGGGAUUAUCUACUAGAAAAUUAUAUCAUUUCAAUGAGUCUGCCAUGUUUAGAAGAUCCAAUCGUUUUAACUCAACGUGGUGUUAAAUUGCUCGUAUUAUAAAUUUUCUUCAAUAAAAUUUAAUUUCUACUUUUCAA